CUCAGAUACAACACACGAUGGGGUCGAGGGCAUUCGACAAGAAAGGGCUUGGUGGCGACAACACGAUAAUUCUGGAGCCCAAUUCGUCGCCUGAAUGGACAGAAAUUGAUAGUGAAGACAACAUCCCGCCCCGCGACCGUGGCAAAGCUGCCUGGAGAUGUCUAGCUGCUAUCUCAGCUAUUUCCAUGGUUACGUGGGGGUUUGGAGCCACUCAGGGUGUCUUCCGCGAAUACUACUUCAAGAAUCCUCCAUUUGAAGGCAAUCAACUCGUGGCUUCCAUUGGGCUGCUCAUUGUUGGUAUCUUACAAUCACUGUCACCUUUCCUGCUGCAUUUGAUCGGCAAAUAUCCUAGUUGCAGGCUAUACAUGAUGUGGACUGGGAUGACGUUAGUUGUGGCUUCUUCUCUGGGCGCUGCCUUCUCUAUCACGGCUCUCCAGGUCAUCAUGACACAGGGUUUGAUGUAUGGUUUCUCAAGCGGCCUUCUCUUCGCGCCUUGCAUCAGCUUCGUCGAUGAAUGGUUCUUCGCGCGCCGCGGUCUUGCGAACGGCAUCUUCUUCGGCUCGGCAAAUAUCGCCUCAGCCGCCCUCUCACCCAUCUUCGCCCAUCUCCUCCAGCGCUUCGGGCCACGCGUAACGCUCAUCGGCUGGACAGCCUUCAUCGCCAUCGUCAUCUCCAUCGGCAUACCCUGCAUACCAAAUCGUUCAUCACGCACCGCACAGAGUGAUAACGGUACCCAGAAACGAAGAUCGACACUCCGACCUUUCAAAAAUCCCUAUCUCUGGCUCUUCGUAGCCUCGAUGGCGGUCCAGAGUCUCGCCAACAAUCUCCCCGCAAACUACCUUCCCAGCUACGCGACUGAUCUUGGAGUUGAAUCUAGCAAGGCGGCAUUGUUGGUUACGUAUCUGUCGCUGUCGGGUAUCAUUGGACAGGUUGUAUUUGGUGCUCUGACAGACGCAAUUGGUCCGCUCGUACCUAUGCUAUUGAGUACACUCGUAAGCAGCUUUGCAGUGCUGGUUGUAUGGGGCUUUGGCAAAGCGUAUUGGACCAUGGUCAUGGUGUCGCUUCUGUUUGGUGCGUUCGCGUUCAGCUUCAUGGUUCUGAGGAGCCAUAUGGCUGCUAUUGUUGUCAAUGAUAGCAAGCGCCCGGCUGAGGAGCUGCUUGUGUCUGGAGUCCUGCUAUUCACGAGGGGAGUCGUGGGUGUUGCGUCUGGGUAUAUCGCUGCAGCAGUUCUCGAUAAGUCUGGAGACGCGGAGGUGCAGCCUGGAUACGGUGCUGGGAAAUGGCGUAACUUCAUCAUACUGCUGGGGACUACUAUGGCGGCGGCAACGGUGGGCGUUUUCGGUCUUGUAAAGAGAAGACCUAGGAAGUAGUGUCAAGGCAUAGAGAGACGUUGUCCGCUAUUCCCACUGAAGCCUCGAACACCCGACGUGUCCGCCUGGACCACCAAAGGCCCAUGGUCAGCAACAACAAAAGUACUGAACAGCUGUAGACGGGGAGCUUGAGUAACUCAAGUACCAUGUGGUAGUAGGCAUCAACGAGGCACGCCCGUCGGGCCUUGCAUGUCACCGAGAUGAAGCAUUCAGCUCCGGUACUUCGGG